AUGUACAUAAUUCUACCUGAGCAACGGGAUGGGCUCAUCGAACUUAUAGAAUUUGUGAGCUCUGAUCCAGUUUCUUUCGUGGAUCAGUAUCUCCGAGUCUAUCAUAGAUUGGUGCCAACAGGAGGAGAAUUCAAGAUUCCAAAGUUCAAAAUUUGUUUUGAUUUUGAAGCAAAAAGUGCUUUAGAGGAAGGAGGAUUAAUUUUGCCUUUUGAUGAAUCCAAGGCAGAGCUGACUGAGAUGUUGAAUGUUGAUAGUGAUGGUGACCAUAAGCUUCAUGUCUCAAAGGUUUUUCACAAGUGUUUCGUUGAAAUUGACGAAACUGGAACGGAAGCUGAUAGUCUUGCAGACUUGGCGGACGAUUACAUGUGCCCUCCUUCUCCGCCUCCUCCUGAAGAUUUUGUGGCGGAUCAUCCGUUCAUGUUCAUAAUUAGAGAGGAGCAAAGUGGUGCAGUUUUGUUCAUGGGACAUGUCCUUAAUCCUUCUUUAUCAGACUAG